AUUAUUCAAUUAUUCAACACCACAACAACAAUAUUACAAUAACAAUUAAAACCCAACAACUAUAUAAUUUCCAUCAUAAACAAAACAAAACAAUCUUAAAAACUAGCCGUUACAUCAACAAAACCUGCAACCUUUGACCCAUUCCCAUGUUGUUUUUUUCUCUCUCUCUUUCCCUCUCUCCCUAAAACCAUAAACCCCACUUCACUUUCCUCAUUCAUUCAUCCCAAAGCUUUCACCUUUCUCCUUUCCACUCUCAAAGUUUUCAUCCUUCUCCACUCUUCAUUCUAGUGAAACCUUAUUUCUUUGUACACCUCUCAUAGCCAUUGUUGUUCUCACUUCACCUUUCAUGGAGAACAACACUAAAGAUUUGAUUUUUAGUAGAAAGAAUCAAAAGGGUAGUUUUAGUUUUACAUUUUUAGCUUUUCUUGUUCUUCUAUCUUCAACUAUUCAACCCAUUUUGGGAGAUUUAUGGGAUGGUGUUAUUGUAACACAAUCUGAUUUUCAAUCUCUACAAGCUAUCAAAACUGAACUUAUUGACACCAAAGGUGUUCUCAAAACCUGGAAUGACAGUGGAUUAGGUGCUUGUUCAGGUAACUGGGUUGGAAUCAAGUGCUUAAAAGGUGAAGUUAUUGCAAUUCAGCUUCCUUGGAAGAGCUUAUCAGGAAGAAUCUCUGAGAAAAUUGGCCAACUUCAAUCUCUUAGAAAACUAAGUCUUCAUGAUAACAAUCUUGCUGGUUCAAUUCCUUUUUCUCUAGGUUUUCUUCCUAAUCUAAGAGGUGUUUAUCUCUUUAACAACAAGCUUUCAGGUUCUGUUCCUCCUUCUAUUGCUAAUUUGCCAAUGCUUCAAGCUUUUGAUGUUAGUCAUAAUUUGCUUAUUGGUAGAAUCCCUUUUGGUUUGACAAAUUCCAGUAGGGUUUUCAGGGUUAAUUUGAGUUAUAACAAACUUUCUGGUCCUAUUCCUAGUGAAGUAGGUGAGUUUUCAAGGCUUAGGGUUCUUGAUUUGUCAAACAAUGAAAUCAAUGGUAGUUUGCCUUUGAGUUUCUCUAAUUUAACUUCUCUUGUUUCAUUGAAUCUUGAGAAUAAUAGACUUGAUGGUGAAAUUCCUGAUUCUUAUGCGAAACUUCGAAAUCUAAGUUCAUUCAAUGUUUCUCACAACAAUCUAUCUGGUCAUGUUCCAUUAGUACUUUCCAAAAGAUUCAAUGCUAGUUCAUUUGAAGGAAAUUUUGGCUUAUGUGGUUACAUAAGUUCGAAACCGUGUCGUUCUUCACCGCCGCCACAGUCACCACCACCGCAUAAUCUUCCGUCUCAAUCACCGGAAGAAUCUCCGUCGGAGAAACAUCACAGGAAAUUGAGUACUAAGGACAUAAUCCUGAUAGUAGCAGGUGUUCUUUUGUUGAUUUUGCUAUUACUAUGCUGCUUUUUGCUUUGUUGUUUGGUCAGGAAAAGAGCUUCUUCAAGUAGAAAGAGUGGUAAAGUUGCUAAAGCUGCUGCUUCUGCUAGGAGUUUGGAGAAAGGUGGUGGUGGUGGAGAGGUUGCAUCAGGAGGUGAAGCUGGUGGGAAGCUUGUUCACUUUGAUGGGCCAUUUGUGUUCACUGCUGAUGAUCUUUUGUGUGCAACGGCGGAGAUAAUGGGAAAAAGUGCUUAUGGAACGGCUUAUAAGGCGACGUUGGAAGAUGGUAAUCAAGUUGCUGUGAAGAGGUUGAGGGAGAAGACUACUAAAGGACAUAAGGAGUUUGAAGGUGAAGUUGCUUUGCUUGGAAAAAUUAGGCAUCCUAAUUUGUUAGCUCUUAGAGCUUACUAUCUUGGACCUAAAGGAGAGAAGCUUCUUGUGUUUGAUUACAUGAGUAGAGGAAGCCUAGCAUCAUUCCUUCAUGCUCGUGGCCCGGAAAUAAUCGUCGAAUGGCCAACAAGGAUGAAAAUAGCAAUUGGAAUCACCAACGGUCUAUCUUGCCUCCACAACCAAGAAAACAUAGUACAUGGAAAUCUCACCUCAAGCAACAUACUAUUAGACGAGCAAACAAAUCCUCACAUAACCGAUUUCGGUCUUUCAAGACUAAUGACAACUUCAGCCAACACAAACAUCAUUGCCACAGCAGGAAGCCUCGGAUACAACGCACCCGAGCUUUCAAAAACAAAGAAACCAACCACGAAAACCGAUGUUUACAGCCUCGGCGUCAUCCUUUUGGAGCUCUUAACCGGUAAACCGCCCGGGGAACCAACCAAUGGCAUGGAUUUACCUCAAUGGGUUGCUUCCAUAGUCAAAGAAGAAUGGACUAAUGAAGUUUUUGAUUUGGAACUCAUGAGGGAUGCACCAGCCAUAGGAGAUGAGCUUCUUAAUACAUUGAAAUUGGCUUUACAUUGUGUCGAUCCUUCGCCUUCUGCUAGGCCUGAAGUUAAGCAAGUUUUGCAGCAGUUAGAAGAGAUUAAGCCAGAAUUGGUUGAAGUUGAAGUUGAUGAAGAUGGAGCUAAAGUUCAAACAAAUGAAUAAAAAGGAAUGACAUUGAGUUACUUGAUUCUUUAUAGUAUACAUAUAUUUGAUUCUUUAUUUUAUUUGUUUAUUGAGUUUAUAUAUAUGUAUAUAGGGUGUGAGGAUUUUGUUUCAAACAUCAAGUAUUCUUUUUCAACUAGAUGAAUAAUGAAUGUAUUCAAUUGCUAUUUAUUGGCUUAAUCAAGCUUGUUAAAGUUA